AUGUCACGCCGGACAUCCGCCAUGGCACGCAGCGAUUCUUCGACCAGUGGUGUCCCGCCUUCGGGCGACGGAGGUCGGCUCGCCAAUUCCUUGUUUUCACCCGGCCAUGGCUCACAAUCUGCAGGUCAGGAAAAACAGAAGAUGCUUCUUUCGUCGGAGAGGGGGCAUUUCAGUUUGGUGAAAGCUCUCCACCUGGCGGAUCUGGUCACGGAACUGAAUGGUAUGAUACCCCCUCGGCCUUCGACUGGGCAAUUAAUUGACAUCUCACAGGUUUCUGCGGAGGCAAGCACUUUUUUUUUCUUCUUCCUCUCUCUCUUCCCCGCAGGAGCAGCCUUACUGACCGCCGAUCCAGUCAUGUCUGUUUUCUCGUCGAUGCGCUACUGUCUCGGUGACCCGUCGGACUACUGCUCUCUAUGGGCUGCUCUUGCAUUCAUGCCGUUCGGCCUGUUCUUCGAUUUCAUGGAUGGAAAGAUUGCACGGUGGCGCAAGAAGUCGUCGUUGAUGGGCCAGGAACUUGACUCGCUGGCAGAUCUCAUCUCCUUCGGCCUCGCUCCCGCCUCUGCCGCUUUCGCACUCGGCAUCCGCACCCCGCUCGACCAUCUCCUCCUGGCCUUCUUUGUUCUCUGCGGUCUGACCCGUCUGGCUCGGUUCAAUGUCACAGUUGCCGUGCUGCCCAAGGACAGCAGCGGCAAAUCCAAGUUCUUUGAAGGCACGCCCAUCCCGACGACUCUGGCUAUUUCCUCGCUCAUGGCGUACUGGGUAUCGCAAAGCUGGACUCACGAGAACAUUCCCUUCGGUCUUAUUGCAGAAGGCUCCAUUUUUGAAUUCCACCCGGUAGCCCUGCUGUUUGUCUUGCAUGGCUGUCUAAUGGUUAGCAAGACGAUACACAUCCCCAAGCCCUGA